AUGAGGGCCAAAAUGCGGUUCACCGCCACACCGUACGUCACAACUCGGACUUCGGUGAGCAAACCAAAGCGACGAUACGCCUCCAUCGCGACCGCACGCAUCUCCUGCUGCGCACUGAGCCGUCGCAUGGACCCAUUUUUUUUUUUCAGCUGGCGCUGCCUUAGAGAACGUUGCCGCGACCCCCCUCAACGCCGCAUGCCCGCGCAGGGAGACGCACACGCCGACCCCGCUGCGUUGUUGUUGUUGUUGUUGUCUUACUUCUGCUUCGACCUCCGCGGAUGCCCGUGCGCCUUUGCCGUUUCCCAGCCGCCGCACCGGCCCGGCGAGGCCAGAGAAGCGGCGGGGAAACCGCAGGGGCUAAAACGCAGGAAGGCAUAG